AUGCACACCUUUUUCUCUUGCCCUUUUGCCCAAGAAGUCUGGAAGCUAAUCCCCCUGAGACAAGUAGUUCACCUAGCUACGGACAUAAACUUCAAGCAAGCUCUAGUUGAAUUCAGGACCGCAGUCUGUUUGCCUCCAUCAGGGAUUGCAACGACGGUCCUCCCUUGGGUCCUUUGGGCAAUUUGGUCGACUCGUAACUUGCAUGUCUUUGAGAAUCAGAUUCUAUCACCUAUGGAAACAGCGACAAAAGCUCUGAAUCUAGGAAGAGAAUGGAACAAUGCACAACAACAGAUUCAAUCGGUGAAGAAAGUGAUACUUAGAUCAAGAAGAUCGACAGGAAACAAUGGUGAAAGCGGCACCUACACGACAUGUAGAUCAGAUGCGGCAUACGAUAAGAGAUCAAAACGGGCAGGAAUCGCUUGGAUCUUCUCUAAUGGAAACGGAACUCACCUCAGCCAUGGUUCAGCUACGCUUGAAUCGAUCACCAGACCACUAGUAGCGGAAGCAAUUGCGCUCCGAUCUGGUCUCCUCUCUGCAUUGGAACUUGAGCAUCAAAAGCUCAAAGCUUUCUCUGACAACCUAACGCUCAUCAGAGCCAUCAACAACGACAUGCAGGUAAAAGAGAUUUUUGGUAUUGUCAAAGAUAUCCAAAGGAUCUCAUCUGUGUUUGUCGAGAUAUCGUUCUCUCAUCUCUACCGAUCGCUGAAUGUGGAAGCGGAUCGUUUAGCAAAACUCUCUCUAUUUCCUUCUCGUGUAUGUGACCCAUACAUGGGCUAA